UCAAGUGCGUAUUUCGUUCCGUCGAGCUAUUACGGUAGUUAAACGUAUUUGCAAUUAUUACUUAUAUAUAAAGUCUAAAUUAAUUUGCAAAAAUGAGUUCUGACAGUGAAAACGAACAGUGUACACCACCAGAUAUUCGAAAAAUUGCUGGAAGUGUCGUUGCAGGUUUAUUACCUACAAAAUCGAAAGCAAUCUAUGAAUCUGCGUACAACGCAUAUUCAGAAUGGAAAAAAUCGAGAAACGUAAAUGCGACAUCAGAAUCGACUCUCCUCGUAUAUUUCGACGAAUUAUCAAAAAAAUAUAAAUCGACGACUUUGUGGUCUCUACAUUCAAAACUAAAAAGCACCAUUAAGAUCAAAGAAAAAGUUGAUAUUGACAAAUACAAAGCAUUGUCUGCUUUCAUGCAUUCCCAUUCUCGAGGACAUAUCAACAAACAAGCUUACGUUUUGACAACAGAAGAACUGAACACGUUUUUAACAACUGCCCCAGAUAUUAAAUACCUCGCAGCAAAAGGGGCUUCGCACCCGGAACCCCCCACCGAGGCUCCGCGAUGAACUGACAAAUGUUGAAAUUGACCACAUUAAGGAACAAGGUAGUCUACUCCAAGUUCAAGUACCGAAGACUAAAACGCUACAACCACGAUCAUUUGUCAUUCCUGAAGCUUACGUGAAACCUGUUAAAGAAUAUCAGGCGCUUCGUCCGCAAAGCACAAACACGAAUCGCUUCUUCCUAAACUAUCAAAAUGGCAAAUGUACAUCCCAAGUCAUAGGAAAAAACAAAUUUUCGCGAAUGCCUAAGGACAUCGCAUCGUUUCUUCAUUUGCCCGAUGCUGAGAAAUAUACUGGACAUUCUUUCCGACGUACUUCAGCAACAGUGCUUGUUGACGGCGGAGCAAAUAUCAAAACACUGAAGAGGCACGGAGGUUGGAAGCCCAACACUGUAGCUGAGAGAUAUAUUGCUCAAUCAUUCGCCAAUAAGAAACAAAUUGGGGACAUCAUAGGAUCUUCAAUAAAUCUACAAUCCGAGACAAAUGAAAAUCUGGAAUCAGAACUAUCAACGCAUAAACGUCCCAAGAAAACGGAUUCUUCGAGUUCAGGAACGUCUCCAUUGAAAGACAAUAAUCUGAACUCCGAAAACAAAGUGUUCCAUUUUUCAAACUGCUCUAAUGUUACAAUUCAUUAUAUUGUAAAAC